AUGAGAGCCUUGCGAUUUCAUGGAAAGAAGGACAUCCGUCUCGAACAGGUGGAAGAGCCUCAAGUCCGACCUGGAUGGGUGAAAGUCAAACCAGCUUUUGUCGGAAUAUGCGGGACUGACCUCCAUGAAUACCUCGAUGGAAACAAUCUUAUCCCGAAGCCAGGUCAUCCCCACUCUAUCACCAAGGAGACGUCGCCCGUGACUCUUGGGCACGAAUUCAGUGGGGUCGUCGAGGAAGUAGGACAAGGCAUCAUUGACCUUGAAGUAGGGCGAAGGUACGGAUUCAUUGGCCUUAGCGGCUGGGGUGGUGGCCUGGCAGAAUACAUAGUUGUUCCCAGGCAAGCAGUGUGGGAACUACCAUCGAACGUGUCUCUAGAAUAUGGAGCCCUUGUCGAGCCGUUGGCAGUCGGUUUCCAUGCCGUAGAUAUCGCUCCGAUAGCGCAUCCUAUUAAGUCAAGCACGUCUAUGCUCGUGCUCGGUGGAGGACCUAUUGGGCUGUCUGUGAUCCAGGCCAUUCACGGCCAGGCUGCCUCGAGUGAAUCGCCACCCGUCAUCAUUGUAUCCGAGCCAACAGCAGCACGACAGCAAUUUGCGCGCGAGUUUGGUGCGCAUCAUGUCAUCAACCCAUUAACUACCGAUCUAGUCACGAAGAUAAUGGAGCUCACCGAUGACAGGGGCGUUGAUGUGGUCUUUGACGCAGCAGGGGUCCAAGUCGGGUUAGACGGUGCCGUCAGGUCUCUGUGUGCGGGCGGCACUGUUGUCAACAUCGCGGUUUGGCCUAAGAGAGCCACGUUGGACAUGAAUGAGAUUACUUUCAGGCAGAGAUCGUAUAUGGGGAGCGCAACAUACAGCAAUCGUGAUUUUGGAAGGGUACUGGAGGCAAUCGAGAGCGGGAAGAUCAAGCCAGGUGCAAUGAUCACCAGCAUGAUCGCGCUGGAGGAAAUUGAGGACAAGGGUUUCCGGGCCCUCAUCGAAGAGAAAGAUACACAAGUCAAGAUUCUGGUAGAUAUGGGAAGGAGUCUACGAAAGGAUAGCGCUGUGGCGGUGUAA